UAUGGUGGCCAAGAACACUUGGAUGCCCCUCCAGCUGAAUUGCUUUUAGCCCAAACUGAAGACUAUGUGGAGUACUCAAGACAUGGAACAGUCAUCAAAGGACAGGAGCGGGCUGUUGCCUGCUCUAAGUAUGAGGAGGAUGUGAAGAUCCACAAUCACACACAUAUCUGGGGAUCUUACUGGAAAGACGGCCGAUGGGGAUACAAAUGCUGUCACUCUUUUGUCAAGUAUUCCUAUUGUACUGGAGAAGCUGGGAAGGAGAUUGUUAAUUCAGAGGAAUGUGUUAUAAAUGAUGUGACUGGAGAAGAAUCUGUGAAGAAACCACAAACCCUCAUGGAAAUGCAUCAGGAAAAACUAAAAGAGGAGAAAAAGAAGAAGAAAAAGAAGAAGAAGAAGCAUCGAAAGAGCAGUUCAGAUAGUGAUGAUGAAGAAAAGAAACACGACAAAUUGAAAAAGGCACUGAAUGCAGAGGAGGCCCGCCUUCUUCAUGUCAAGGAGAUCAUGCAGAUUGAUGAGAGGAAGCGUCCUUACAAUAUCAUAUAUGAAACUCGGGAACCCACUGAAGAGGAAAUGGAGGCCUAUAGAAUGAAACGUCAGAGGCCAGAUGACCCCAUGGCCUCUUUCCUUGGACAGUAGUAACUAAUCAUAAAAGAUCAUCUAAGAUAGACACAACUGAUAUGUUCUUUUCAGCUUCUUGCUGAUGAUUGUAGAUAGAAAAAUCCUUGUAUAGUCUUCUUGCUGCCUGACUUUAAUAAAGCUUUCAGAAGGCUCAAAGUAAAUUCAUUCCUUUCCACACUGAAGAAACAAAACAAAGAAGAAAAACAAAGAGGAGGUACAUUAAGUGUGGAUUAAGAUUUUAUUUUCAGUUUUAUACUGGUGAUGUGGAAAGAGGCCUUGGCUCUCUACCUGUCAAGAGUGUCUUCUACUCAACAGUUAUUAAAUCUCAAACUUUAUUUUCACAAUUUUUAUGGCCCUUUAUUUAGUGUUAGUACACAUUUUGAAGGUAAAUUAGUUAUUCUUUCUCAAAACCAGAGCCUUAUUUUUAAAAAACUUCUGGUAACUCUAUAAUUGCAGUUAUUUUAUAAUAAUUGUGUUUGCCUUCUAAGGUUUUCCUGGACUGAAGUUAAAAAAAAAUUAUUUCAGUGGCUUUGGGUCACUGAAAGGAAAUCUAUAGAAAAUGUAAAGAAUCUCCUCCCCCGUGUCAAUCUGUGUAGUAAUAAAUCUGUUUUUCAUUUGGUUAUUAAAUUUGGUGUUUAAUACAUUCCUUGUACCUUACAUCCAGAAGUAAUGUGUUAGCCUUUGAAUGGAAAAACAACUAUUUUUUCAUUCUUGAAUCAGUAUUGAUUGAUCAGUACUAGGUCUUUUAUCAUUCUGGACAUGAGCCUUUAGACAUAGAAACCCUUUAUCAUAGAAGAUAUGAUUUGUGAUAUUAUUUGUUGGUUUAAUUGUGAUUGCCUUUAUGUAGCAAUCAUGAAUAUUAAAUUAGAUUUUUAAAAGACUAUAGAGUAUCUGGCAUACCUAAUCUUCAUAGCAGCAAGUGUCACUUUGUAAAACAUGUUGAGCACAAAACCUGAAGUUGAAGGUUUCUUUACAAAGUUAUAGUGGUUGUAGGGAUAUUGGUAACUGAGAUUGUCAUGAUCCUCAAGCCUCUUCUAAGAAAGCUGUGAAGAGAAUACUGACAGCAAGAUCAGUGAAUACAGGCUGUUAACCCCUGACAUGAGUACACAGACUUUUAAUGGCUUUCUCAGAGGUAGUAGUGGUAGGAGAGUAACUCAGUCAAUUUAUCAAGUACUGUGGAUAUAGUUGGUGUCUAGAUUCAGACUACUAUGAAAUUAAAACAGCAAUGCAAGUAGAUCUAAUUCUUACCUACUUUAAGAAUAUCAAAAAUUUGUUUUCAUAUUCCUUAACAUAGGAUGGUUCAACAUAAUAUCUGACAUUGGUAUUUAUUUUGUAUUUUAUCUUUUGUUAAUAAAGAUAUGUACUUGAGAAUACUUAA